CUGGAACGUUCGAGCAUCGGUAUUUACUAGCGACGAGCAGGAGCAUGAUCAAUGUACCCGGGCUUCGAGCUGAGAGAGACGAAAUAGGCGAGUAAGGAUGUCGAUCGUGCCGAUCAACGAGGGAGGGGGCGGUGCCUCCGACUCCUUGUGGUGGGAUCCCAUGGACAGGCUGCUCAAUGAUACGCCCUUCCCUUUCUCCUCGGCCAUUUCCAGUUUUGUGCAUGAUGUUGAUUUGGGGUUUGGGUCGAGCUUGAAUUCCCGUCUGGACUGGAGGGAGAACUCCAGAAGGCACGUGUGGAAGGUGGUGCUUCCUGGGUUCACCGACGAGGAUGUGCUGGUGGAGCUUCAAGACGAUCGAAUGCUGCAGGUGAGCCUGGAGAGCGGCAAUUUCAUGAGCAGAUUCAAAAUCCCGGAGGAUGCCGACCUCCAACAACUGAAGGCCACCAUGAACCACGGGGUUCUGCUCGUCACUGUUCCCAAACUACAAUCCGCACUCCCUAAUGUCAGGGUUGUUGAAAUUGAAGGCAGUGGCUGAUCCGCCUCCAUGACAGCUGCCAUAAAUGUUUUACUAUGUUAUAUACUGUCCUAGUCCUCUCCUCUCCUCUCUGUCCUGUAAUCUUUUGCGUGCGUACUGCCAUGGUUCUUAGUUCUUAUUAAGUACAUAUAUAUAUAUAUAUAUAUAUAUAUCCCCCUUAUUAAUUACUCUCUGCUACU